GCUGCUAAACGUUAUAUGUUUUUUAAUUAGCUCUCAAAUUUUUUCUUUAGAACCGAGUAAACACUUUUGUAUAAAUUAGUUCACGAAUUAGUGGUACUCUUUCUAGAUAUUAUUAUUAUUCUCUCGCUCCUUGUACAAUGGCUUCGUCUUCUUACGCAUCAUUCUCAUCGGUCUUCAAUGGUUUCCUUGCAAGCCCACCUCCAAAUUCUUCUGCUUUUCUCGUCCCUUCGUUGAGUUUCACCACUAGGACAUCAAAUUCUCGGAAUCUGAGAAGUUGGGUUUCUCUGAAGUCUUCGAAUAAUCAUGGGUUUCUAGUCAAAUCCAAAAAUUUCAGUGUUAAUGCAAGAGCUGCUGCAGAAAAGAGUGUUUACGAUUUCACUGUAAAGGACAUAGAUGGGAAAGAUGUUUCUCUGGACAAAUUCAAAGGAAAACCUCUUCUGAUCGUUAACGUUGCUUCAAGAUGUGGUUUGACUUCAUCAAAUUACUCUGAGCUUUCAGUUCUGUACCAAAAGUACAAGAACCAAGGAUUUGAGAUUCUAGCUUUCCCUUGCAAUCAAUUUGGAUUUCAAGAGCCUGGCUCAAACCCUGAGAUCAAGAAAUUUGCUUGUACACGAUUCAAAGCCGAGUUCCCUAUAUUUGAUAAGGUUGAUGUUAAUGGACCAAGUACAGCUCCAAUCUACAAGUUCUUGAAAUCUAAUGGUGGUGGAUUCCUUGGUGAUAUCAUCAAAUGGAACUUUGAGAAAUUCUUGGUUGAUAAAAAGGGCAAAGUCGUAGAGAGGUACCCUCCCACGACUUCUCCUUUCCAAAUCGAGAAGGACAUCAAGAAGUUGAUCGCUGCUUAAUAUAUAGAGAGAAAGAGAUUGUAUACAAGAGAUUUAGAUAACACAUAUAUGUAAACCUUUCUACUUUUGUUACAUAUAUAUAUAUAUAUACCAUAACAGCGUAAAUAAACUGUUCGAUAACCAUUGUAUAUAAACACCACACAAGUGCCUUUAGGCUUCGGACUUGAUAGACAUCCGAUUAUUACCAUA